UCUUGAGUUGUGGAGUGAGUUUGGAAUUACCCUUUGUCUUCCCAUCAGUUUCUUUCAUCUCUCUCUCUCCAAUUAUUUCCUUUUCCAUCUCAAAGAUCAGUCUAAAUAGUCUGUUCAAACAGUACACAGAUAUACUCUUUUUAAAGAUGCGCUUCUUUCUUCUUAAUUUGUUUCUUUCAACUUGAACCUGUUUAGAGCUUAAAAAAAUCCAGUACUUUCUUAUUUCACAUAUCAGUUUAACUCAUUUGCCGUUUAACUUUUGUUGCCCUAUGGAGUUCGUUUAGAUUGUUGCUAGUGUUGGUGUGUGUCUAAAAUAUGGAUUUUGGGAUUCUGGGUUUGGAUGGUCUUGUGGUGGGUCCUGAAAAUGGAGCUCCAUCUUCAGUUUCAGUUUCAGUACCACCUGAGACCAUGGCAAGGGUUGUUGUUGGAUCUAGGUUCUCUAAGCAAGAAAGAUCCGGCUCUGGUGAAGAUGACCGGGGAGCUUUAAAAAUAGCCAAAACUGGUGACUUCUCAUCAGCUUCCAAGGCAAUGCCAUUACAACAAGGCAUUCCUUUGUUAAGAUCUAAUCCAAUUUUUUCUGCUUCUGGUGAAACUUCUCGUCAACCGGGGCAAAUGCUGAGCUUUCGUUCAAACAAACCAGAAACUGCAUUAUUCAAUAGGACUAAUGCGUUUCUUGAGAGAAGCCCGCAACCCACUGUGUUACCUUACUACAACCGCACACCUCUUGCUUAUCCCAGACCUGCAGGUGAUAAUUCUGGAGGAUUGAAUGUAGUCAUGCAUGGGGCUUUUCCUGGGGUUAAAGGGCCAUUUACUCCUUCUCAGUGGAUUGAACUAGAACACCAGGCCUUGAUCUACAAAUACAUUAGCUUAAACGUGCCUGUACCACCCAAUUUACUCAUCCCCAUCAGAAAGUCCGUCCAAUCAUUUGGCAUGCCUUACUCAGCUACUGGGUCCUUUUCUCCCAAUUCAUAUGGAUGGGGGCCUUUCCAUCUAGGCUAUGCUAGCAACACUGAUCCUGAGCCAGGGAGGUGUAGGCGAACAGAUGGAAAGAAAUGGCGGUGCUCAAGGGAUGCUGUUGCUGACCAAAAGUACUGUGAAAGGCACAUAAACAGGGGCCGCCAUCGUUCAAGAAAGCCUGUGGAAGGCCAAACUGGCCAUGCAGCCUCUGGGACCACUAAUUCGAUGGUGGUGCCAAUGACUUCCUCCAUGUCAACAUCGAUGAUAACCAGUGAUGGUGCAUCCAACAGUCUAGCCAUCACCCAGCACCAGUUCAAAAACUUACAACCUGGUGCUGCCGCCAAAUCUACUGCAGAUGCCUGUGUCAGCAGUAAAGUGAAUUUGCGUGGCAGAGUGCAAGAUUCACGAAGUGUCUCCAUGAUGUCUUCCACCAUUGACCUAAAAUCUAAUGAAUCUACUUUCCCUGUUACGAAACAAGACAUUCCAUUUGAAAAAUCCUCUCAAUCUGUUUUUGGAUUUCUGUGCUCUGACUCCCUCCUUAAUCCUUCCCAGAGGAGCUCAUAUUCGAAUUCCAAAAACUAUGGUGGGUCUUUCCUAGACUUUAAUGACAGUGAAAACCAAGAUCAAAAUCCUCUUCGGAAAUUCAUGGAUGACUGGCCGAAGGAUGAGUCAAGCCGUUCCAUUCUUACUUGGCCUGAAGAGCUUAAAUCAGACUGGACUCAACUAUCAAUGUCAAUUCCUAUAGCUUCAGAAUUCUCAUCAUCAUCCUCUCCCAACCGUGAGAAACUGGCUCUAUCACCCCUUAGGUUAUAUCGUGAGUUUGAACCUACCCAAGUGGAUUUGGGGUUAAACAAUGAUCUCAAUGAGCCAACCCAAAAGCUAACAAAUUGGAUACCAAAGUCUUGGGGAACUUCAAUGUGUGGUCCUUUAGGAGAGGCCUUGACCAAUACCUCUAACAAUGUGGUUACCUCCGAGAGUUCAUCUCUUAACAUGGGAACUGAAGGGUGGGAUAGCAGCCAGCAAUUGGGAUCUUCUCCAACAGGUGUCUUGCAAAAGUCAGCUUUCUGUUCACUCUCAAAUAGCAGUUCGGGGAGCAGUUCAAUGGCCGAUAACAAGAAGACACAUGAUGGAGGAAGCAUUGGUGAUGCCUCAACUCUUCUAAGUUCCUCCUCCAUUCCAUCCCUGUAAUCAGUGCAAGAUAGUGAUAGUCAGAAGUAGCUGGAUCGGAGUGGAGAGCUUAGCAGCAACUAUGUUUGUUGUACUAGUUUCUAUGAUUUGUUCUUCUUCACCAUGCAGUUUUAAAAAUUUACUCAGUACUUUGGCUAAUCACUUUGUUAAGCAUUGGCCAUUCGAACUCAUGAACCUAUGGGUCUCUACAGUUUAUGAAUUGAAGUAAUUUAUGAUAUGCUUAAGUUGUUGCA